AGCCUGGUGGGAAACAAGUAUAAAAAUAAAAACUGAAAUGAAGGAUCUUGUAAUACCUUAUCGUUUAUAUAUGCGUAUUGCGUGUGAGCUUAAUGGUAAAACCUUCGUUGUUACAGUUGUACCUAAUAAUAAAAAUUCACUGAAGCUGGGUUUUCAGUAUACUUGUGAUGCAAUUAGAACAGAUAAUAUUGAAUCAA